AAAGGGACAUCUGGUUCUGUACGCAGUCACUGAUGAGCGGUACCAUGGUUGGCUCUUCAGCUGAAUUGUAGAUACCCAUGGUACCGAGAAGCGGGAAUGAAAAAAGUCUCGACAAGUGCCCCCAUCGCGUCAAUAAGUUGUCUGGUGUCGUACUUUGUGAUGAUGGUAGCAGAGGAACUGAGAGAAGAAAGGGAGUGUACUCGACAAUCGAUACAAACGAAUCGGACGUCAAAUAAUGGUCAGUCACAGGUCACGUGUGGCGGCUAUCGCGCGAUCUCGCUGGAUAUUGUCCCUGAAUCUGUGGACCCUUGUACCCUUAUUUUCGCCUCACUUGCACCUGCUGCAUCGACCACGGGUCGCAUCUUCACAUGCACCCAUCAUGACUUGCCCCCAUGCCGAUCGCUGUUCCUGAUGUUACACCAACCCCAGCUAGCGACGUCAUCCGCCACCGAUUGCGCGAGGCACAAUCAUGCGCAACAUACGCAUGGCGCGCAAACCACACCGCGCAAACCCUCCACGCCCGUAAGCCUCAGGUCCAGCUGUCCUCAGUGUCACACCUCCCGCCCUGGUGUCGUCCACUCAGCGCCCUUGGUGCGGGGCUUUUCUCCGAUAUUCAGUGCCGCUCCCCACACGGUCGCACCAAUCCCGAGCUUGGUGUUGCAAAGUGCGGUGUGGUCUUAAAGGUGAAGACGGACAAUGGAAUGAACAGUGAACCCCCGCCUCUUGCAUUGCUGAACUCACCAACCUCGACCAUGGCACUCACCUCGACGGUCCCCAGUAACUUCAAGUCA